AUGAAAUUUGCCUUAAUAUUGGCGCUAGCAAUUUUAAACACAAUUAGUGGCUCAAAAAUCAGCAAUAAAAACAUCUUAUUGCCCUUGGCAGACAUCGAAGUUGAGUAUGAAAUCACUGCUGAAGGUGGCUGCUUCGAUUGGAGUGCUUCCAAUAGUGCUAUUGCAAUCACAGUGCAGGAUUAAUAGGGAUGCUCGAAGUCAAUAGGAAAAGUCAGAGUUGUGACUAAAAUGCCAAGUUAAACAUUUAUCUAUGUGAAACCGAAGUCCUCAGAUGCAUCUCAAUUUAUAGUGGAAGUAGUUGUGCAAGCAAUAAGCAGUUUGAGCAUAAUUACCAAAUAAAAAUAAUUGGAUUUGGAUACUCAAGAGGAAUUGCAUGUUUAAGCAUAUGAUGAUAAGGGAAACACAUUCACAACAUUGGAAGGUCUUAAAUUUGAAUGGAAAACAGGCUAAUUGGAAAUGGUUAAGUUUACUGAAUCAGGAUUAAAAGUAUCAGAAAAAAGAGCAAGAUUAGAGUUCAAUAGUGAUAUCAUUGUGGUCAAAGGAAAGAAGGAAGGGAAAGAGACUGUUUUUACUAGAGUGGUCGAGAAGAAAUAUUAUGAAAAUAAAAUAGAAACGAACGUAGAUUUAGUUGUAAUUUAAAAAUUUCAAUUCUACCCUGAUUAUCCAGUGUUUUACUUACCAACACAUUCUGUGAUCCAAUUCCAUCUAUUGAGAGCAGAUGGGAAAACUAAAAUAAGCAUACCAAGUGCAGCUCAUGUUUGGAGUACUACUUCAAAACUAUCAAAAAUUGAACAAAAUGGUGCUUUGACAACAUAGACUGUUGAGAAGAACUUGAAUCUCACAGUAGUUAACUCCAAUUACAAUCAAAUCAAAGCUAUCUAUCAUGUAGUCAUUCCCAAGUACAUUGAUAUUGAUAUUUGGGAAGAUGGAAAAGAAAAGAGAGAAGGAAAAGUAACUCAUUUGAUAGUUGGCAAAUUAUAUAGAUUUUAAGCUUACCUCAAGGAUGAAUUGCAUUAAAGAAUAUAUUCUACAGAUGCAUUCUCCUAUGAGUCUAAAGACAUAGAAUUGAUAGAGCAGACAGUCAUAUCAAAGGUAGAAAGACAAAAUGUUAAAUUAACAUUCCAAAGAGGAACAUUGGAAUCCUCUGUUACCAUCCACUUUGUCCAACCUAUCCAAAUAUCAACAAUCUUUAAAACAUAUAUUCACCUUCCAAUUCAUGAACAAUACAACUUAGUUGUGACUGGAGGAUCAGGAAAUUAUAAAUAUUAAUCCAGAUAUCAAUCACCUACUAUUUUCGAAAUUAAAAGUCCCCACACUCUUGUCGCUUCAGAAUUAGGAGAGAAUAUCUUGAUAAUUUAUGAUGAAUUUAAUGUCUAUAACAGUUUAGAAGUAACUGUCUACGUGACAGAUGUCAGUUAAAUACUUCCAUUUGAGAGGAGGAAAGAAUUGAUAGUGAAUGAAUCUGAUGACACAUUUUAUUAAGCCAUUGGAGAUCCUAAAGUUGGAAACUAUACUUAAUGCAGAGCAGUUAAGUUUACUAUUGACAAUUUUGAUAUUUUCACCACAUCAUAAAUAGCUGGAGAUCUAUCCAACUAUUUAGUUUGCAAUGGUUUGAAAAUGCAAUCAGCAACACCAGGUUAAUAUAAUCUUCAAAUUAACACUCAAAAGAUAUCUGUAACACAAUAAGUAAGAGUUUAUGAUUACUUGCAUUUUGAAAAACCAGUCUAUUAUGUGACUCCUCAUUCCACUAUUACAACUAAGGUUUUGGGAGGACCAACAACUUGGGAUUAAACACCAUACAACGAGAAGUUGUCAGAAGGUAUUCUCAAAAUAGACAUGGAAAAAUAUCAUUUCAAUUGUUUCUAGAGCAAAGCUGAAUUCAGAAUUACAAGAAUCAAUAAACAAUCAGAUUUAUUGCCUAAUCCAAAAUUAGUUAGCAAUACUCUACCUAUUUAGUGUUUAUUGCCAGAAGCAUUCAAAAUUUAUAAUGAAAAGAAUCAGGAAGUAAAUUGGUUAUUCAAAGAAGAAACUGUGUAAAUUAGUGUAGUGGCUGUCUACAAGACUUUCUUAUUCUAUAAUUCCAGCAGUUUGCAUUUAGACUAUUCAACACGGGGAUUAAAAUAUCAAAAUAGAUAUUUAUCAUAUGAUAUUUAAUCAGGAAUUUCUGAUUGUAAAUUCAUUGUGGCUUCAAAUUCCUACAACAAUCAUAAAGAUACUUUCAUAACCAUAAAGAGUGAACUAGACUUAAUCAUCCAUCAUACAUUAAAAUUGAUUCCAAGUGGAGAACAAUAUGAUUCUGAUUGA